GCCGCAUGGUGGGCAAAGCAAGCACGCCUGCUUUCCUGGAGAGGCCUCCCCAGGUGCUGCCGAACGUUUCCUGGGUACAUCCAGCCACUGCAGGAGUGCAGUCCGCACUAAUGGAGGGUGACGCCGCCACCGCGCAGAGCCUUCUCAAGGAGCUUCUAACGUGCGCCAAAGACGAGAAGGAGCGGGCGCAGCUCCUCAUGGUUAUGAUCGACGCCGAGCGCAAACGACGCGUCCGCAGCCCGAGCCGCCACCAACGGUGCAGCAGCGGGAUCGAGUCCGAUCGCAAGGAGCAGCCGCAAGGUGCUGUCGAGGAGGGAAGGGAGACUCUCAUUGCUCGCCUCGUGGAUGGCAACGUGUCUGCGCUCGACGAGGUCGGGGGGCUAGGAAAGAUGUCCAGAAAGAGAGUGGAGUUCAGCUCGCAGGAACCAGACCUCAUCGCGCGCAUCUAAGCUGCCCGCCGGCCCCUGACGCCGUCGGCGCAGUGUAGCGAGAGGGAGCUCAGGCUGGCCAACUCCCUUCGCUUCGUAACCGAACACGCCUCCGGCCCUCGCCCUCCUUUGGCUCUCUCUUCGCAUAUAAAUAAUUGUGCGGUCUCUCUCUGUGUGACACAGACUCUAGCCUACUAACUCUCUUACCAGGGCAUCUCUCACAUCGCUCUCUCUCCCUCUUUGUCGCAGAGACGAGAGAUGUGUGGAUCCCCUACUGGAUUCCCGUAUACGGUAUUUCUCACGUCGGGCCCGGGCCGCGGCCGGGGGCGCCGGCACGCAAGAAUAACGCGUAUGUUCGGUU